UCGCAAGUGUUGUUUAUCAUCAGAACAAAAAUAUAUCGCAAUUGAGCUUCGCAGUAUCUCGAGAAUCGUGUUACUUGUCGUAUCAUUGCAAAAAUAAUACAUAUUUUUCGUUAAUUAAAAAAAAACAAUACAAGCAAUAAAAAACGCCCUUUUUGUUAACUCUAAAUGUGUUUUUAUUUUUUCAAGUGUCAUACUUAAAUUUAAAUAACAAUUAACAGUUCAAAACAUAAAUAAACCCAUAUCGGCAAAAAAAAAAAAAAAAUAAAUAAACCAUCGCAAUAACGCGAUUGGUUUGCCGGUGGGCAGCUGGUCUUUUUUUUUUUUAAUAACAAUAUACAAUAAAUUUAAACAAUAUAAAUUUAAUUUAAUUAAAUUUUGUGCAGUGAAGUUUAAAUAUUUUUUUUUGUUAAAAGAAAAAAAGUGUUUCAAGUGUUGUCAUUUUUUUCUAAACACUUAAAAUAUUUAACAGUGUAAAGAGUAUAAAAAAUAAAGAAAUUAAUUAAUUAAUAAUAAAGAAAAAAAAAUUGAGAAAUUUGUGAGUGAGAGUGCGAGGAGAAUUAAAAAUAAAGUUAAAAAAAAAAAAUCUGACGAAAUGUCGCAGCGAGACGCGGUCAUACAUCUCGUUGCUGGCGGAGCUGCUGGUACAAUGGGGGCAAUUGUAACAUGUCCCUUGGAAGUUGUUAAAACACGUUUACAAUCAUCAACAUCAGGAUUUGUUCCACCAGUAUGUAAUAAAGAAUUGACAUCUGGCUAUGGUACUUGUAAAAAUUUUCCAAAUCCACAACAAAGAAGAAGACUAUGUACUGGAAGUUAUCCAAGGUAUGCAAUGGUAGCAUUAUCACACUGUGGUACUGGACCACAUCAUACACACUCACCACCAGGUCUUGUACAUUGUUUAAAAUAUAUAAUUAAAUACGAAGGUAUUAGUGCAUUAUUCAAAGGACUUGGACCAAAUCUCAUUGGUGUUGCACCAUCACGAGCAAUUUAUUUUUGCACAUAUUCAAAAAGUAAAAAUAUAUUUAAUUCAAUGCUACCACCAGAGAGUCCAAUGGUUCAUGUUUGUUCAGCAACAAUUGCAGGUUUUGUAACUUGCACAACAACAAAUCCAAUUUGGUUUAUCAAAACAAGAAUUCAGCUAGAUCAUAAAACACAACAUCAAAAUACAAUUGAUUUAAUUAAAAAAAUAUAUCAACAAUCAGGAAUUCUUGGAUUCUACAAAGGCAUCACAGCAUCAUACGUUGGAAUCAGCGAGACAGUUGUACAUUUUGUUAUUUAUGAAGCUGUUAAAAGUUGGCUCAUCAAUCAUAGAUCAAGAAUUCCAGCAGGUGAUGAAAAUUCUAAAACAUCACGUGAUUUUCUUGAAUUCAUGGCUGCUGGUGCAUUUUCGAAGACAAUUGCGUCAUGUAUAGCCUAUCCACAUGAGGUUGCAAGAACACGUCUUCGAGAAGAAGGAAAUAAAUAUAGAAAAUUUUGGCAAACAUUGAGUGUUGUUUAUUCUGAGGAAGGACCAAGAGGUCUUUAUCGAGGACUCACUGCUCAAUUAGUACGACAAAUUCCAAAUACUGCAAUUAUGAUGGCCACAUAUGAAUGUGUAGUUUUUGUAUUAUCAAAACAUUUUAAAACAAUUCCAACGUCAAGUAAUAAAAAUCAACAAAAUACACAAUUUUAUACUGAAAGAAAAACAAAAGGUGAGCUUGCCUAAAAAGAGAAUCUUCAAAUAAUUUAAAAAAAAAAAUCUUCAACUGUUAUUUAUUAUUUUUCUUUUGUAUUCUUUAAAGUAGCUUCUUUAAAAUUAAAAUUAAUUUUCAUUUUUACAUCAGAAUCUCCUGUUUAAAACGACAAUAUUUUUUAAGAUGAAAAUUUAAUAAAAAAUCUUGAUUAUUCAGUGAAUAAUCAUUUUCUUUUUUUUUUUUUAAAUUAAAUUUAUUGAGUACAUGCUUUUGAUAUAUUAUUAUAAGUUAUUGUUAAAAUGAAAAUAUGAAAAGAGUGAUAGUAUUGUGUACCUUAUGAAAAAGUGACUUUUUUUUUUUUUUUGAAUUAUUAAUAGUUAAAAAAUUAUUAACAAUAUUUGACUCUGUAAAAAAACUUUUAUGACUUAUUUUCUUGAUUUUUAAAUUAUUAAUAUUAUGAUAAUUUGAUGAUGCUUUAAAACAAGAAAAUAAGUAAAAUAUUAAAUUUCAUAUCAAUGAUAAAAUGUAAAUUAAAAUCUACUGGUAGAUAUUUAAUUUGUUAUUCAUUUAAACAACCACAUUGUAAAUAUUUCUGUGACAAAGAGAGCCUAAAAUUUUUUAAGUAUUAUUCAAAAAAAAAAUAUAUAUAUAUUAAAAAAAAAAAAAAAAAAAUAACAAAGUUAACUUGUUAAUGUUUAUAUAUAUUUUUUUUUAUUAUGAUGAAUUGUUUUUUUUUUUUUUGAAUAAUUGUUAGUAAAAUAUGAAAAUAUAAAAUAAUAAAAAAUGGACUAUAUAUUAUAACGAAUGAAAAUGUUUUUUUUUUUUUUUUUUUUGUUUAUAAACAUUGCUCAUUAUGAUUUAAUUUUUCAAUUGUAAAUUAUCUGAAAAAUCAUUUUAAAGUCUAGUCGUAAAUUGCUUAAUUCAAAUAAUGUCCAAUAUUAUAAAAAAAUAUAUUAAAAAAAAAAAACAAUCGUUAUUUUUAAUCAUUUAAAUUUAAAAUCAUUUGUUUAUCUUAAUUUCAUUUGUACAAUUGAGUACAGAGGAGACAAGAAAUUCUGUGAUUUUAAUUUUUAUAAUUUGUAAACAAUUGAUAACGACAAAUAUUUAUAAUAGUUUUUUUUUUUUUUUUAUAUAUAGAUACAGGAUGAUGAAAAAUGAAAAACGAAAAAAAAAAAAUAUCAAGAAAAAUAGAUUUAAAGAAAAAACAAUUUGUAAUAUGUAUGAAAGCUUUUUUUAUAUUAUGAACAAAUGACAAAUAAUAAUAUUGUGACGAUAACCCACUUUAAAUAACUUGAUGAAGUUUUUUUUUUAUUAAUAUUAAUAUAUAACUUGUAAAAAAUAAUAAUAAAAACAAUAAUACUAAAAUAAAAAAUAAUAAUAUUUAUAUUUUCAUCGAUAAUAAUUAAUGAAAGUAAACGAAAUUUAAAAAAAAAAAAAAGAAAAGUAAAUGUUAGUUUAAUGAAAGACUGAAUUAAUUUUAUUAUAUAAUUUUUUUUUGUUGAAUAAGUAGUUUUAUUGUGGUACCAUGGAAAAUAAUAAUUAAAAAAAAAAUAUGUUUAUAAAAUUUUCCAAAUAUAAAUCUGUUGUUUGAAUGACAGAUCAGAGACCUCAGUAGAUAUAAAACAAUAUGUGAGUUUGUUUUUUUAAAAAAAAACAAUAUUAAAAAUCAACAAUUAUAAUUAAUAAUAUUUUUUUUGUUGUAAUUUGAUUUGUAAAUUGAUUGAAGAUUGAAAUAAAAAAAAAUAUUUGAUGAAAAAUAUAUAAUUGUAUUAAUGUUUUUUGUUUAUUUAAAUGUUGAGUUGUAUAAAUAAAUAAAUAAUUUACCUAAAUUGUUUAUAAUAAAUAUAUUGUAUAGUUCA